AUGCCCUUGCUCCCAGGGCGCAACAAGUUGUUGCCCCGGCAGGACUCGCAACCACCUCCAAAUACCACAGCAUGCUCGGGUUGGGAUUGCCUGCAACAGUCCCAGCAAUUCGGUGUCAUUUUCAGCAUCGUCCUGAGCGUUCUCACAUUCGUCUUUCUCUACUGGUUCUUGUUCUGGCGGCGCCGAAAACCACUAACAAAGAAACAUGAGGAUGAUGACCCAGGGAUUGUUGAGGUCGAGCUCAGGUCUCUCGGCUCCUCUCAAACUACAGCAGUAAUACGGUUUGCCCCAGGAGAUCCAGGAGACGUAAGGAAGGACAACCGACGUGGGACAGUGUUUAGGCUUCACAAAGAGCUACCUCAAUCUGAUGGCGAGUCCCCGAUAUAUCCAGGUCGUAAUGACAGGCAUUAUGUUCUGGAAUGUUCAUCAGUCCCUGAUUUGUCACAUCCUCAACCACCGGGAGUGAAAGGCUGCGAGAGGGCGCAGUUAAGUACCAAGCAAGGCCCUAGCAUUUCGACUCCAGCAAGACAAAAUCUAGCCUCAAAUCAAGCGAUUGAGCACACAAAUGCUAAACAUGGUCCAUCUGCUUUCUGCGACCAACGUCAUACAAUCUCCCACCAACAAAGAAUGCUAUAUAUGAACCAGUUGGGAACAAAAUGGUAUAACCAACAGUCACGCAUACCUCAUAGACUACACACAAUGCCAACAGCAAUGCCAGGUGUGCAGCUCGGUCAAGUGCCGAUGGUACACUGCUACCCAUAUAUCCAGCCAUACAUGGCUCCCGCAUACACACACAUGCCUGCAUCUACGCCAGCAGCACCCAUGGUGCCGUCUCAGCCGUUGCAGGCCACACAUUUCUCUCAGACGCCGCAUGAACCCGAGGUAGUACCAAUAGUACAACCUUUUCAACCUCCCUUCCCAGCCACAACAACAGCUCAAGCUAAGCCGUCAAGGGCACACGUACCGAGGACAACAGCACCUAGAACCCACCAUACUGCUCCUACAGCCCAAACUCCUGUUUACCGAGACGCCCCGUGGUGGCGAAAGUGGGUUUGGCGAUAUCCAACGACUGUCGGUCGAGCUUCUACAAUAGACUCGGAUUCGCACAGAUCAAGAAGUCGGUCUACGCGGAGUUCAUCUAGUCGAUCAUCGAAUCACACUGAAAGCCCUGAUCAAGAUCGUUCCGCAAGUCAAAGAUCCCCUGUUAGUGGCAAGGAUGUGCGGCCAACGUCACGGGAAAGGGGCGGAUCACCAAUCGACCAGAGACAAGAAGAGCGUUCGACCAAGCUUUCGCAAAAAUCAUCCAAGGAACAACCUCAGCCUGAAUUAUCUCCGGAUUUCGACCUCUCUGACCUGGGCUCUCUGCCUUCACAUACGACUCUGGACUCAUAUCUGACACAUGACUCUCAUAUAAAUGAGUUUUCACGGGACAAGAUACUUGCACACUUUGAGAGAGCGAAGUCGGUCGAGUCAAAGUCACCCAGAAUAGAACCAUUGGGGUCUGCGGAGGUGAUUCCUAGUUCAUCUAAGAGUACUGUCAAGGAUAUAGCCAAGGACUCGGUUAUUGAAGGAUGUCGGCGUGAACCUUCGGACAAACAGCCUAUUGACAAGAUUCUCAUUACAAUCUCGCCUCCUACCUCUUUGACAAGGUCGGCAAAAACAGCAGUUGGCAUCAGUGAAUCUGGCGAUAGCUCAGAGCUAAAUUCGACUGGCGGAAGAUCUGCCAGGCUUUAUCCUGUCUCUGCCAGCAAGCGAGUACUUCCUGGUGGCAAGAUAUGUGAUAGAAAGGACACCUCGGGGGUCGGAGUUGAGAGAGAGACGAAAGAACAGUUCUUACGACCAAAAGAGAUACCACUUUGCCAGGACGUUAGCGUUGGUACAGACGAACGCCCUGUCUUGUAUCGAGUAGACAAUGACGGAGAUGAAACUGCAUCUCUUGGCACGUCAACUCAGGCCAGGGCAUCAUCCAGCAGUACAACCAAGAGUGCGGCUUAUAACGACGAGGCCUCUAUCGAUACUCCCCGCAGAAGAAUAGCUAACCGGGACCGCGAAGUUCGGAACCUAGAGAUGCUUGACAGGGAAAGUCACGAAAUCUACCCAGAGGACUUUCAAGAGGGUUCAGAUUCUGCCUCCUUCCGACCGAGGCCCCCGAGACCAUUCACGACAGAGGCGAUGUCAUUUGAUGCGGAUCGAUCCAGCGCAGGAGGCGCCAAAGACGAACCGGCCUCCAAAAACAGAAGUUCUUCUAAACAAGGACGGGGUGAAGCCGAUAGCAUGGAAGUGCAGAGCUCACCUGAGGUUGUUGGAUUUUACAAAGAUAUGCUACUGCAACCACCAAGUCGUAAACCUGGACGCAAGAAGCUUAGUGGCGAUAGCUCUGAGUUUUUUCGAUUUCGUGGAUCUGACGAUAAUGUUGAGAACAAGUAA